AGGACCGAGAACCCCGGCCCCGUAACAUUCCCACCUUCCUGGUGACUCGGCAAUUACUCAGCUGUCUUUGCCUAAAGCAGCACUCCACCCACCCAGUGAACUUGGUUGUUGCCCAGCCGCAGCCCAUGGCCACACAGGAAACCGAGGGCGUGUGUUAGACUAAGGACGCGCUGCCCAGGAUUCACAAGGGCCCGGUCUGCUCCAAACAUCUGCAUCCGGCAACAACAUCAUCUUGUUUCGGGAUUCGUUCUGCUUCCUCUGUUGUACCACAACAAACGUCCUUGGACGACAUUUUCUCUCAGAUUUGAAGCCAAACUGAGGAAAUCUAAAUGUUGAGAAGUAAACCACGAUAACAUUUUCAAGAUGGAAAGUCCUUCGGACUCAGCUGUGAUUUUACCUCGCACUCCACAGGGCUGUGCCAGUCUACCAUCUCCCCAUACAAGUAGUUCAAGAAAGCAACCUAUGAGUGCAACACUUAGAGAACGGUUGAGGAAAACUAGAUUUUCAUUCAAUUCCUGUUACAAUGUGGUAAAACGUCUUAAAGUAGAGAAUGAAGAAAACGAUCAGACCUUUCCAGAGAAAGCAUCAUGUUCAACAGAAGAAAAUUGUUUGGAAUUUCAAGAUAAUUUUAAGCACAUAGACAGUGAAUUUGAAGAAAGUUCAUAUUUGAAAAAUACCAUCAAGAAUAUCAAUGCAUGUGAAUCUAAAUCACUUGAUACUGGCUCUUGCAGUGAUCUCCAGAAUGACUUUGAUGAGACUCUUCCCCAAAAAGGAUUAAAUGAAGAAAAGGCAAAAUUGGUGAAACAGAUUCACGAGAAAGAAGACCUUCUUAGGAGGCUAAAACUAGUCAAAAUGUAUAGAUCAAAGAAUGACCUGUCUCAGUUACAGUUGUUAAUAAAGAAGUGGAGAAGCUGUAGCCAACUGUUGCUUCAUGAGUUGCAGUCAGCUAUGUCUGAGGAGAACAAGAAACUUAGCCUUACUCAGUUGAUAGACUACUAUGGGUUAGAUGAUAAAUUAUUACACUACAACAGAAAUGAAGAAGAAUUUAUAGGUGUUUAAUUACUAAUUUUUUCUCCAGAAUAUCUUUGAGGAUGACAACUUAAAAAAUACACAUUUUAAAGGGAAGAUAUAAACCAUUGGGGCUUAAAAGAAGGUAUCUUGAUGAACAUCAACUUAGGGUACUCUGUUAGAUAAAUAUGUAAGUUCUAAAAUGAAAAUUUAGUAUUUUGGAUAAUCUGUCAAAAAAUUUGACAUUUAAAGAUAUGUGAAAAAAAUUUAAAUCAUGUUUUAAAACAUAAUUUGGGCAGUUUUGGAAGUCAGUUAUAAUACAUUGUCUUGUUUAUUAUAAAAAGAUGUUUUAUUUUAAAUGUUAAAAAGUAGUUCAGUCUGGUGAAUGACUAAACCUAAACUGGUCUAAAAUGCCUGCCUGUCUCCUUAGUUGAUGAACCUUGUUUCCAUCAAUUUACCACGUAUUUCCAUCUGUAUGGCCUAUUAGGUAGUUACUAGUAAACUCUUAUGUCCAAAAUUAUAUUCUUCCGAUUUCUGCAAA